AUGGACUCCAGACAAAGGUUGGGGAAAUACAGGGUAGAGAGGGAAAUCCUAGAUGAGCAGAGAUUAGAAGAACUGACACAGAGGAAAACAGACAUCCACCUACCUCUUUCUGAUCGUUUGAAAGACUCUUUAAGAUGUAGUGUAACUAAACUGAAGCGAAGCGUGCUGAGCAGCUUCCCUGUGUUAUACUGGCUGCCCAAGUACUCCAUCUGGGACUAUGGCAUGCCCGACCUUGUCUCUGGGAUCAGUGUGGGCAUCAUGCACCUGCCACAAGGCAUGGCUUAUGCUUUGCUGGCUUCUGUACCUCCUGUAUUUGGGCUUUACACUUCUCUCUAUCCUGCAUUAAUCUACUUCUUUUUUGGAACAUCUCGCCAUAUUUCCAUUGGUACAUUUACCAUCCUCAGCAUCAUGGUAGGUAGUGUGACUGAGACACUUGCUCCGGAUGAGAACUUCUUGAAAAGAAACGGGACCAACUUUACUGCAGAGGUGGACAUAAGUGCCCGGGACUCAUACAGAGUGCAGGUGGCAGCUGCUACCACUGUCCUAGGAGGACUUAUUCAGGUGUUUUUAGGUGCUGUAAAGUUUGGAUUUGUGGGAAUGUACCUGUCCGAGCCUCUGGUGCGAGCUUAUACAACUGCUGCAGCAGCACAUGCUGUGGUGGCACAGCUGAAGCACAUUUUUGGAGUUUCACCCACAAGGUUUAACGGCCCACUGUCACAGGUUUAUACUCUGGUGGACAUUUGCUCCUUGCUGCCGCAGACACACAUCCCCACAUUAGUGGUCAGUGCUGUGACCAUUGUGCUUCUAAUCGCAGCCAAAGAGCUCAACUCAUUUUUCAGUGCGAAGCUGCCGGUUCCCAUCCCAGUGGAGCUCAUCACAAUUGUGGCAGGGACCCUGAUAUCAUCCUACACCCACUUGAAUACCAACUACACUGUUUCAGUUGUUGGAGAGAUUCCAAGUGGUUUAAGUUCUCCCAGUGUGCCAGAUGUGAGAAUUUUUGGUGAGGUCAUUGGUGAUGCUUUUGCGCUGGCUAUAGUUGGAUAUGCUGUAUCCAUUUCUCUUGGAAAAACCUUUGCACUGAAGCAUGGAUACAAGGUGGACAGUAACCAGGAGCUUGUGGCGCUUGGUCUCAGUAAUGCAGUGGGAGGCUUCUUCCAGUGUUUCUCUGUCUGCUCCUCCAUGUCUCGAAGUCUCAUCCAAGAAACCACCGGAGGUAAAACUCAAAUGGCUGGAGUUGCCUCAGCUCUAAUCGUGUUGGUGACCAUUCUGAAACUUGGACCACUCUUCCAGGAACUGCCGAAGGCUAUGCUUGCAUCAAUUGUGCUUGUUAAUCUGAAGGGAAUGAUCAAGCAGUACUCUGACAUUGUUACACUGUGGAGGAGCAGCAAGACUGAUCUGGUGGUUUGGUUGGUCACAUGGGUGUCAACGAUGCUCCUCAAUCUGGAUCUGGGCCUGGCUGCCUCCAUCAUGUUUGCUGUGUUCACAGUUAUCUUUAGGACUCAGAUGCCAACAUACUCGGUUCUGGGAAAUGUUCCAGGUACAGAACUUUAUGUGGAUAUAGAAACACAUGGGGAGGCAAAAGAGAUUCCAGGUGUCACCAUUUUCCGUUCCUCUGCUACGGUGUAUUUUGCCAACGCUGAGCUCUACCUCGAUGCCCUGAAAGAAAAGAGUGGACUUGACAUCAGUAAAAUGAUUAUUUAUAAGAGAAGACAGGAGGCCAAACAGAGAAGACGAGAAAGAAGGGCUGAGAGACGGGCCAAGAGGCAGGCUAAGAGAGAGAGACGGGCUCAAAGAGCAGCUAAGAAGCUUUCUGGACCCCCAGAGCUUUCUGUGGAGGAGGGGGCUGGCUGCUGGAAGGACACAUGCAUAGAUGAGGCAGAGAUGGAGGAUCCAGGCUGGACUGAGAGGGAGAACGGGACAGUGUUUGUGAUCCCAACCACUCCCAGAACUCCUGAUGGUCAGUCCAGAUGGGAGUACCUGAAAGGAGGGGACCCAGACUGCACCAGUUUGGACUGGAUGACAGAGGAUCAGGAUGGAGACACCACCACUCUGGGUUCUAGCACUGAGGACACCCUGAGCCGGGACCUGGAGCGAGUCUCUCUUGGGUCUUUGGGCAAGUGGACCUGGGACAUUCACUCCAUUAUCCUCGACCUUUCCACAACUAACUUCAUUGACAUCGUGGCUAUAAAGACGAUGAAAAAUAUUUUUAAGGACUUCAGUGAAAUUGAUGUGGAUAUUUACAUCGCUGGCUGUCAAGCGUCUGUGGUGGAACAAUUAGAGCGCGGUGACUUCUUCUCAGAAACGGUAACAAAACAACAGCUUUUUGCUUCUGUUCAUGACGCCGUGCUCUUCUGUCUCAACCACCGUGGAGCCACUUCAGUCCCCAGAUACGACCCGACGCUGGACCUACACAACAACACAAAGUUUUAG